AUGGCAUAUUACCCCCAAAAUUCGGACCCAAAUAUGGGGUUCUACCAAUCGAACUACAACAAUGCAUAUAGCUCACCUGCUGCUGACACGGCGAAUAUGGGAUCCAUGAAUUCAGGGUUUGGUGCCGGGUUUGAUGUUAGUGGAGAUAUGGGAGGAGGUGAAUUGAGUCCAGGGCUUAUAGCUGCUUUCGGAACUUCGGGCUACGCAGGUGAACCUCCCUUAUUGGAAGAAUUGGGUAUCAAUUUUCAACAUAUCAAGAUGAAGACAUUGGCAGUAUUGAAUCCAUUCCAGAAAGACAUCACGCCAGAUAUCAUGACGGAUUCAGAUUUAGCAGGACCUAUAUUAUUUGUUUUACUUUUUGGAACCUUACUACUAUUGUCUGGGAAAGUGCAAUUUGGCUACAUUUACGGUGUUGGGCUAUUUGGUGUCGUCAGCUUGCAUUAUCUCUUUAAGCUCAUGAGCAAUGAAGUGCAGAUUGACUUGAUUCGCUCCACUUCCAUUAUUGGGUACUGUUUGUUGCCACUAGUUUUCAUUUGCGCCGUUGGAUUAGUGGUAUCGCUUGAUUCAACAAUUGGUUAUAUGUUGAGUUGUCUUGCUGUGUUUUGGUGCACAUACUCGGCUUCUGGAUUGUUUGUGACUGUGUUGAAACUUCAUAAUGUCCGUCCUUUGAUCGCCUAUCCAUUGUGUCUUUUUUACUUCGUUUUUGCACUAAUGGCCAUUUUCGUUGAGAACAAGCCUUUGACACCGUGA